ACUCUUAGAAAUUAAAUUUUUUGAAUGGAUGCAUCGUCUUCACCGUCUCCUUCCGAGGAAAGCUUGAAGCUUGAGCUGGAUGAUCUUCAGAAACAGCUGAACAAAAAGCUUAGAUUCGAAGCAUCCGUUCGUUCUAUUCAUAAUCUUCUCCGUGAUCACUACUCUUCUUCCUCUCCUUCUCUCCGCAAACAGUUCUAUAUUGUUAUAUCUCGUGUCGCUACGGUUCUUAAGACAAGAUAUACAGCUACUGGAUUUUGGGUUGCUGGACUGAGUCUUUUCGAAGAGGCUGAGCGACUUGUGUCUGAUGCUUCUGAGAAGAAACAUUUGAAAUCUUGCAUUGUUCAAGCUAAGGAACAGUUAAGCGAAGUAGAUAAUCAGCCAACAGAGAGCUCACAUGGCUAUCUUUUUGAGGGACAUUUAACGGUUGAUCGUGAGCCGCCACAGCCUCAGUGGCUAGUGCAGCAGAAUCUCAUGUCUGCUUUCGCUUCUAUCGUUGCUGGUGAAUCCUCUAAUGGUCCUGCUGAAAACACUCUUGGGGAAACUGCCAACUUGAUGCAAGAACUCAUCAACGGUCUUGACAUGAUCAUUCCAGAGAUUCUAGAAGAUGGUGGACCACCAAGAGCUCCACCGGCAAGUAAAGAAGUUGUCGAGAAACUCCCAGUCAUCAUUUUCAGCGAGGAAUUACUUAAAAAGUUCGGAGCAGAGGCAGAAUGUUGCAUCUGCAAGGAGAAUCUGGUAAUUGGCGACAAAAUGCAGGAGUUGCCAUGCAAGCACACAUUUCACCCUCCUUGCCUAAAGCCUUGGCUGGACGAGCAUAACUCUUGCCCUAUAUGCCGCCAUGAAUUGCCAACAGACGAUCAGAAAUACGAAAACUGGAAAGAGAGGGAGAAAGAGGCCGAAGAAGAGAGGAAAGGUGCAGAGAAUGCUGUCCGCGGAGGUGAAUAUAUGUACGUUUAAAAUUUAAUCAGUUAUGGCACAGUCCCAUUGUUUUAACUCAAACAUCUCCCAUUUGUUGUUGCGUCAUUCACAAUUUUUAAUCCCAUUUUACAUAUAGAUUCGAUUUGUUUUGUAUGAAAUCUUAUAACAACAACACAGACUUCUUUACUUUACACACAAAUUGUAUCUUGAAGAGAUAACAAGUUCAAUAACAUAACAUCAAAAGA